UUGUCCUCCACAUUCACGCGCAGGAACCGAGUUGUGUGUGACAGAGUGCGAGUGUCCCUGGUCAGUCACUGUCGCGUUUUUCUUUCCAGGCAGCCAUGUUUGAGAAAGAUGACGCAGGCCAUCUCCAGCCUCGCAGACGAUCUUCCGUCUUCCGCCUCGGCUUCCUCGCGGCUGCUGUCCUGACCUUUGUCACCCUGUACCAAAUUGAAACAUACAAAGAGGAAGUCGCAUCUCCCCGUUUGCUCAAGGACAUUGCACGCUGCCAUUAUCUCGCAAGGCCAGCUGGUCCAGAACACGACUUCUACUCCCGCUCUCACUCGGACCGCUUUGUCCCGGGCACCCGUCCUACUCUCGUUCUCAACGCCACCAUCUGGACGGGCCAGCACAAUGGCACUCAAGUUAUCAAUGGCGGAGAACUUCUGCUCGACCGCGGCCUUAUCUUGGCCAUGGGCAAAGUAGACCGCGAACUCAUCAGGUCCUACAAGCAACUUCACGUCAUUGACGCAGACGGCGCUUGGGUUACCCCCGGUAUCAUCGACAUGCACACUCACUUAGGCGACGCUGCCUCUCCUGCCUUGGAUGGCGCUCAGGAUGACAACUCUAUCAAAGGUCCCAUAGUCUCAUGGCUUCGUAGUCUCGACGGAUUGAACACUCACGACGACAGCUACCGCACAACCAUUGCUGGUGGUGUCACAACUUCACUAGUUCUCCCGGGUUCUGCUAAUGUUAUCGGCGGCCAAGCAUUCGCCAUCAAACUACGCACCACCAAGGAGCGUUCCCCCACGUCCAUGCUUCUCGAGCCUCCCUUUAAUAUCAACACUUCCUUCCCUGAUACCGGCGCCCGCCCCCGCUGGCGUCACCUCAAGCAAGCAUGUGGAGAGAACCCAAGUGGUGUAUACUCAAACACCCGUAUGGACAACGUCUGGGCAUUCCGUCAAGCAUACAACGAAGCUCGCAAAGUAAAGGAAUCACAGGAUGCCUUCUGUUCAAAGCUGCUGCAAGGCGAAAGGAACAUCGGCGACUUUCCUGAAAGCCUUCAGUGGGAGUCUCUCGUUGAUGUCCUGAGAGGCAAAGUCAAGGUCCACACCCACUGCUACGAGCCUGUUGAUUUGGAUGACUUGAUGCGGCUCUCCAACGAGUUCGAGUUCCCCAUUGCUGCGGUUCAUCACGCGAGCGAGGCUUAUCUUGUGCCUGACCUAUUGAAGACUGGAUAUGGACAUCCUCCCGCGGUCGCCCUCUUUGCUACUGAUGCUAGGUACAAGCGAGAGGCAUAUCGGUCCUCCGAGUUUGCACCAAGGGUCCUGGCCCAGCACGGCAUUCAAGUAGCGAUGAAGAGCGACCAUCCCGUGCAGAACUCGCGCUUCCUGCUAUAUGAAGCCCAACAGGCGUAUUAUUACGGUAUGCCUUACAAUCUGGCGAUGGCCUCGGUCAUGAGCACUCCGGCGCAAGUCCUGGGACUUGACCAUCGCGUUGGGUUCAUCCAAGAAGGUUACGACGCCGACAUUGUGAUGUGGGACAGCCACCCUCUUGCGCUCGGCGCAACCCCAACGCACGUCUUCAUCGACGGCAUCUCCCAGCUCAAGGAUGCGCAUGUCCAGGAGAAACCCGCGGUCUUCCAGGAGCUACCCAAGGUUCCCGACUUUGACGCGGAUGCGCAGGCUGCUGUGGAGUACGAAGGUCUCCCGCCGCUCGAGCCCAAGAAGCGGACGAGCGGCUUCGUGUUGUUCAGAAAUGUCAAGUCGCUUUAUGUUCAUGAAGAGGACGGCAGUGUGGCUAGAGAGGUCUCGCUGAUGAGAGACGAUGGCACGCUAGGCGUCGUCCUCGUGCACGAGGGGAAGGUGUGUUAUAAGCCAGAGUCCACCUGUGCCGAGUUCGUUAGCGGUGUGGAUGCUGCGGACACCAUUGACCUGGAAGGCGGCGCUCUCGCACCCGGUCUCGUGUCCUUUGGCGCUCCUCUGGGGCUCGCGGAGAUCGACUCGGAGCCGUCGACAAAGGACGGCGUCGUUACUGAUCCGCUGACUGCGUCUGUGCCGAGGAUCGCGGGCGGGGACGAUGCGCUGGUGCAUGCGUCUGACGGGUUGCAGUUUGGUGGACGGGAUGCCCUGCUCGCAUACCGUGCUGGCGUCACGAGCGCGAUCACUGCUCCGAUCCACAGAGGCUUCUGGGGCGGGCUGAGCGCGCACUUCUCGCUUGGCGCCGCGCAUAGGCUCCAGGAUGGCGCUGUGAUUCGUCCUCAAGCCGGCGUGCAUAUGUCGAUCUCGCACUUCGGUACGCCGAGUAUAAGCACGCAGAUUGGGACGUUGCGCAGGCUUCUUUUGUCCUCCAAGGCGGGCGAGGCAGGGUUCUGGUUCGAGGAGGUCCGGAAGGGCCGCGUCCCGCUCGUGGUGGAGGCGCACAGCGCGGAUAUCAUAGCGACGCUCAUCGAGCUCAAGCGCGAGGUCGAGCAGAAACUAGGCACGACCAUCAAGCUGACUGUCACGGGCGCCUCGGAAGCGCAUUUGCUCGCGCCCGAGCUCAGCGCGAACGGCGUCGGCGUGAUUAUGAACCCCGCGCGCGCGUUCCCGUACGCCUGGGAGGACCGGAGGAUACUGCCUGGCCCGCCACUGACGGAGCGAUCCGCGAUCUCGACGCUCAUCGAGCACAAUGUCACCGUGGGCGUCGGCGUGCUCGAAGCGUGGGACGCCCGCAACGCGCGGUUCGAUCUUGCAUGGGCGUGGUACGAGGCCGCGGGGAGCAUGUCGCGCCAGGAAGCGAUGGCGCUGGCGUCGACGAACGUGGAGGAGCUGCUCACGGGCAGCGUCGCGUCGGCACAGCGCGACCUGGUCGCGACGCGCGGCGGCGACAUGUUCGACAUGUCGAGCAGGGUCGUCGCUGUCGUCUCCGCGCGGCAGGGGGCCGUCGACUUGCUCUAAGAAUAUGGCGGGGUGCGAUCCUUGUACACGAACGCACAGGACCCGUGCUGCGGAGCCGGUAGAAUUUUUGACGUGGCUACUCGUGAUUGUUUCUUCUGGGAGAUUGCUGCUUCGCGAAGUGAUGUCAACCAUUCUCUGCUAUACUUGGUCCAGUUCAUAUAUAUUUCCUCGAUACGAAUAAAGAUCCCAUGAUAUCACACAUUACUGAGAAACGGUAUAUAGACUACGAUGCUAAAUCGAGAACACUUCCAGAGGGUGGGGCGGUCUUCUACUACCGAGUAGUCCGAGAGACGAAUCUAGGUGCGGUGUGAUGCGAGUGCGAAGCCAGGAUGGAUGCGACAAGAAAGUCAGUAUGUAUGUGCAAGAUGAGAAGGGGAAUAUGCAUGUGAAAGCUACUCUAUGUGUAUGUAAAUGGACAGGCAUUGUUCAGUGCGAGUAUAAACUAUGUCACGUAGCCAUGUGCUCCUCAAUUGUCGGUGGCCGCGUCGAGUGCCCCAGGUUGGAGUUCGGCGACGAGGGCGACGAGACGAAUUGGUUCGAGGACGGCGACGUCCCCUGCGAGUGCGACUGCUGCCACGACCACCGCCGCGGGAGCACGGACCCGAGCGUGGUCGAGCCCGACGCCGCCGAGUAGUCGCUCGCGGGCUCCGAGUACUGCGGCGAAUUAGGCAGCGACUUCUCCAUCAUCUCGCUUUGGUCCAUAGGCACGUCGUGCUGCGGCACCGGGUUGUUCGGACGCGUGAGCGGCGACUGCGAGCCUUCCACGGACUCGCCGCCUCGCUUCUCCAGGUCGGAGUCGGACGCGGUCAGCUUGCGGCCGCGGCGGAAGGGACGGAGGAGGCCGAGGUUGACGAGCGUGUUGAAGAACAUGACAAUGACGGCGAUGGAGAUGAUGACGGCAAUAACGAGACCGACAGCCACCCGGGGGAUCGCAGCCAGCCCGAUCUUUUGCACAAAGGCGAUAAGCAAGCCGGUACAGACGACGCGAGUGAGGGCGAGGUAGCUUGAAAGAACGUCGGCGCGUCUUGUCUUGUUGGGACGGAAGAAGACGAUGCAGGCAAAGACAAUGAUCUCAACCACCAGGAUGACGAUAACUUGGACCUCUCCGUUGGCAUGUGCGAAGGCAAUGAACAGCGACUUCACGAGCAUGGCGAUAAGUAAGAGGAUAGUAAAGAAAUACCGAUCAGGGCGGUAUUGCGAAUAAAGAGGUCCAUGCGCGUUGAGGCAGUUUGACUGCGAAUAGAGCGCGUAAGGAGUCGAUCGCGACGCCAAGCGCACAACAGAGAAUGCAGGGUACAAAAUGUAGCCCAAAACAACAAGGAGAAGGAUGACGGAGAGCAACACGGAUAGCCAAGAGUCCUUCAGAGUCCAUUGGUAAAAUGCAAAGAUAGUGACAGGGGUGAACGCGAUCAAAGCAAUUCGCAAUAACCAGGCACGGACGAAUCCAGGGUAACGGUACUUCCACUCAUUAAGCCGUUCGCUGUUGCUCCUACGACUCAGGAGGAAUAUGACCGCAUAUCCCAAGCCCAAGACAGCCAGAGCGAUAACAAAGACGAUGAGAGCGACAAGGAAGACAGUCAUGAACGCAUUCGCGGCGGCAACGCCGACUGUGCUGGUGUAGGUGGGAAUGCCAGCGUCCAAAACAUUGGAUGACGAGGGCGUGACAGUUUGAACGUUGCCCUGAACCUCGCCUGCGCCUGAGCCGACGUUAUCGAGAGCAGAAACAAAGCUGGCCAUGGUGGAUUUCGCAUAGUUGACCAGACUGUUCUGAACGAGGAGACUGGUGGCACCGGACUGUCCGCCAACGGGUGUCUCCUGAACAAUUGCGUUAUAUGGGCUCAUUUCCCGAUUGGUGAAGGCCAAGGAGGAACCAGUGCUAGCGUCGGCCAUAUGGCCGCCUGUGAGGUGGCGCAUGUUAUUUAUGGAAUUCUGCAAGGAGGACGUGGCAGACGCGGGGAUGAGGCCCAUAGCCCAGGAGAAGUUGCUGGUGAAAGCAGUGUAGACGAGGGAAUAGUUGAGGUCGAGGAAGCCGGUAGAGGCAGCCCAUUGGUAAAGGUAGAAGAGAUCAAAGAGACGGUAAGGAGCGAGGGACUCUGUCGAGAAAGAGUAAAAGAGUGCGGAGAGAAGAGCAAGGAGACCGAGAGCAGCAGUUGCCCACUCUACGGCGACCUGGUGCAUUGACCAGCCGUUGGAGAGGGUGGCCUGGAGGCACGCGACAACGUUGCCGGUGCCUUCCUCGACGAGCAUGAGCUGAGCGUAGGCCUCGAGGUCAGGUACGCUGUAGGCAAUGGAUGGUAUUCUGCUGGAUACGUCAAGUGAUGCGGGGAGGGGAAUAAUGUCGGUGCCAUUGAAAUUGUACAUGGGGAGGGGACAGAGGGCGCCACCGAAGUAGGAGCAGAGUUGAAGGGUGUAGUUGAAGGGAUGGGAGCCAUAGUCGUUGAGCAGCAGGUUUGCUGAUACGCUCACAUUUGGUUGGACGCUGGCAGCUGCGAUGUCAAAGAAGACGGACUGAUUUUUUGCAAAGUAAACGAUGUUGAAGGUGCUGACGAGGAGCUCCUGUGGUGGAGCACAAUAACUGACGGAAGAGGUGUAAAGGACAUCGUCGCGUGCAGCUGCUGCGGAGGCCAGAGCAAGGAGAAGAGGAGUGGAGCGCCGCAACCGGGCGGCGGACAAGAGCAUGCUGGGUCGUCUAAGGGGGAAGGGGGAGGGGAGGAGGAGAGCAGGAAGGGAGACUGGAUGAGGGCGAGACUCGGACUAUUGUUGCCAGUUGUCCGUC